UGGUUUCAACUUACAACUUCCCAAAGAGUGGCGUUUUAUAUGCACAAUACAGAAGAUGGGCUAGAGGCUGCUAAUCUUGAGCCUGCUUACCCAUAGCCUGUAGAGCAAGUUGACAGUCUUUCUGGCCAGACUCGGUUUCAGUGUACUGAAUGCAAGAAGAGCUUUCUUUACAGGUCUCACUUUGACCUCUGUCAGAGUUCACACACAGGAGAGAGACCCUUCAAGUGCAACUUGCGCAACAAGGCCUUUCUACAGUCCUCUGACCUGAGAGUCUACCAGCAUGUCCAUACUCGGGAGAAGCCUUACAUGUGUGCAGUCUGCGGAAUGGAGUUUGCCCACAGGUCCACCUUGCGGGGCCACAUUCUGGUUCACAUGAAGGAGAAUCCUUAUGUGUGCAAGGAUUGUGGGCAACGAUUCAGCCACACGGGCAACCUCAUUGUCCAUUUCCGCAUCCAUUGCGACUUGAGACCCUACAUCUGUAAGAAGUGUAGCAUGGCUUUCCGACAGCAGGGGACUUGGAAACAAUACAUGAAAACCUGCUCAAGAAAGAGAAAGGCAUCUGUGUAA